CAAAAAGUCCCUUUGUUAUCCGUGACUAAUGUUUUAUAAUUAAACGUCAAAAGUGAUACAAGUACGAAAUGGCAAAAAAGACAUAUGACUUGUUAUUUAAAUUGUUGUUAAUAGGAGAUUCUGGCGUAGGUAAAACGUGUAUUUUGUUCCGUUUCUCAGAUGAUGCCUUUACGACAACUUUUAUUUCAACUAUAGGUAUAGAUUUUAAAAUAAAAACCGUAGAAUUAGGUGGCAAAAAAAUUAAAUUGCAAAUAUGGGAUACAGCCGGCCAAGAAAGAUUUCACACAAUUACCACAUCCUAUUACAGGGGGGCCAUGGGCAUAAUGUUAGUUUAUGAUAUUACCAAUGAAAAAAGUUUUGAGAACAUAGUUAAAUGGUUAAGAAACAUAGAUGAGCAUGCAAAUGAAGAUGUAGAAAAAAUGAUACUCGGUAAUAAGUGUGAUAUGUCUGAUAAACGAACAGUGUCAAAAGAAAGAGGUGAAACGAUUGCAAGAGAACAUGGAAUACGGUUCAUGGAAACCUCAGCCAAAGCUAACAUUAAUAUAGAGAGAGCAUUCAGCGAGUUAGCGGGGGCAAUUUUGGAGAAAACUGCAGGCAGAGAACCUGGAGAUCCAGCAGAUCGAGUCUAUGUCGACAGGAGGCAACAACCCAGCACCACAAAGUCAUGCUGUAAUUAGUUAUUGCAUUUCAUUUUUUAAUAGUAAGGACAUUUCACAAAAAGUCUAUUUUAGUUUUAUUUAUCUUUAUAAGCUGGUUUCUGAGUUACCACAAAAAUAUUAUUUUAUUUACGUUGUGUAAUUUAAACGCAAACGCACAAAUAAUAAAUAAAUACCAAUAAUACAGAAUGCCUAUGAUCAAAAUGUUUUAAUGUAAGGUAAAUGUUUCCAUUAAUUGAUUAUUUAUGUAUCCAUAAACAUACUGUUACAUAAGUUGCAAAAUUUUCACACAUUUUCAUUGUGUAACAGUGUAUGGAUAGAGUCAGAAACCCAGUUUACCCUUUUUUCAAACUAAAAAUGUGUUAUGGAACCAAAAACCCAGUUAUAGUUCUAGAAUAUUUGAAUCAAGCAAUAGCUUAUGUGCUUUAUGUUAGCCAUAUUUACCUAUUUAGUUCUAUUGUAAAUUUUGCCAUAUAAUUUGUAUAAUCAAAAUGAAAGCGAACUAAUUUAGUAGAUAUAUCUACUGUUUUGUCAUUAUUUUAUUUUUUGUUGUAUAUUUAUUUAAAUUUUAAUAUUUUUCUAUUACUUAAAAAAAGCUAUUAUGGCUUUCUAUAAUUUAAUUAUAUAAAAACAUAAAAAUAUUGCCUGCAAUUGUGUUUAGCUCUGAAUACUUAUAAAACUUUUUUACAGCCAUCUAACAAAUUAAUACAGUUGCUGACAAUGCUUUAUGAUUUUUAUUAGAAAUUCGAGAAAUAUGUAUAUUAAUAAUAAAUAUAAAGUUUUCAUUUAAGCUGUUACACUUAUUUAAUCCCUUACACAAAAAAUAAAAUAUGCCAAAACGUUAUCAUUGUAAAAAAAGACUUAACUUCAUUAAUGUAACCAACUUAUUUACAUUUCUAAAAACAUAAUAUGAG